UUCGUGAUGAUAAACAGAACAGAGCAAAAGCUCGAAGGAGAAAAACCAUGGCGGAUCCCAGAGCCAGAGAGCAGCAUGCCAAGGAAUCCGAUGACCCCAAGGCUGGAAAACCCCGCCGUAUCUCCGACAACAUCAUGCCCCAUCUCCUCAACCUGUAUGCAUCGAGAGCCACUGCUCAGGAUUUUGAAAUCUAUGCUCCUGGGGCUACGUUUGAGGAUCCCCUUAUGUGUGCUCAUGGAGUGAAGCAGAUCAAAUCGGCUUUCUAUUCGCUCUCCAAGGUAUUCAGUGAAUCCAAAAUAGUGGAAUACAAUAUACUCGAAAAUGCAAUCGCACCAGGUAAAAUGGAGAUUUUGAUCGAUAACAAGCAACAUUACAAGAUCUUUGGCAAAGACAUUGAUGUAUUGUCCCUUAUUCGGCUCAAUGUGGAGGACGGGAGGAUCAUCCGACACGAAGACUGGUGGGAUGGAAAGCCCUUGAAGAAUAGAGACACUGUGAAGUUACCAUUAAUCGGCCGGCUGGCUGAAGCUUCGCGAAGAGGGUCUAUGCUCAUAACUCAUGCUAUGAUGGGUUUCGGCAAGGACCCCCAGCCAUGAGAUGAUACCUUUAUCCUUCUUCUCUUCCAUUCUUACCAAACUUUUCCUCUUUCAGAUUGUGUGAUUCAACUACCUGUUCUUUUUUCAUGUGUUUUGCCUGCUUAAUCAUAUAUAUAUAUUUAUAUAUAUUGAUACAAUGUUGAAUCAUAUUUUUCAAUCUAGAUGUAAUACAGACUCAUUUGGGUGAUUAAAAGAUAGUAAAUCACUUGAAUGACUUUAUAAACUGUUUAGCUUUGCCA